AUGUGCGCCACUGAAAGGGAAACCGGGUUGGCUGCCAAGAACAAUCUGAAAAGGGGAGCUUGGACGAGAGAAGAAGAUGAACGGCUGGCCCACUGUGUCAAAUUCCAUGGAGAAACAAGAUGGAGAUUGGUCCCUGCUAAAGCAGGACUCAACCGGCCCCCAAGGAGUUGCAGAAUGAGAUGGCUGAACUACUUGAGGCCAACCAUCAAGCGGGGAAAUAUUACAGAGGAGGAAGAAGAUUUGAUACUCAGACUUCACAAGCUCCUGGGCAACAGAUGGGCCCUGAUUGCAGGAAGACUCCCUGGAAGGACAGAUAAUGAAAUUAAGAACUACUGGAAGACUCAUCUAUCCAGGAAGAUCAGACCACAGCAACCCCAGCAGAAAAAGGCAGUGUUCCCUUGCAAGCCUGAAGUCGUCGAAGAGAGGAAAGAACUAACAGAAAUCAGUGGUGGAGGUGGUUCUAAUUAUGAAUUAACAGCUAAGCCAAGGACAACAGCCGAAGCUGCCGUAUCCUCAAACGCGUUCAACGUAGAACAGAUUCUGAGUCAGGAGGGCACCACCACCGACUGCUGCUUCUGGAACUCAGGAGCCGAGGGAGGAUCGACAAAGUGCGGCUGCAUCAAGCAAGACACGCCUUCAAAUGAAGAUGGUAUCUACAGAUUCGAUUAUACCUCUUUGAACGAUUACGAUUUUUGCAUGGAGAUGAACUUGGAUUCUGAUCUGGACUUCCAAUCGUUCCUCCGUUCAUUGUGCUGGGAGGACACAUGA